AUAGGUGGCAGCACGAGAAAGAAGCAUCGAAUAGAAUUGGAUCCAAAAAGUCAAUCCGCCAUGUCGUCUGCUGCACGAAAUCGUCUUGCCCAGAUCGCAUCUCGUAGUGGGAAGUUCCACAAACCGAAACCACAGUUACGGGAGGCCGCGAAGAAAACUCAAUGGAAUAUUGUUCGGGGCGACACGGUCCAAGUCAUAGGUCGAAAUCAUCCAGAACGAGGUAAACAAGGGAUCGUCAAGAAGGUAUUGCGCGAUUUGGACCGAGUCAUCGUGGAAGGCGUCAACAUGGGACCUCGAAGCAUCAAGGGAGACAAGGACAAGGGAAUACCAGGAAAAGUUAUCCAACUUGAACGAACGAUGCACUACUCGAACGUGCAACUAGUGGAUCCCAUCCAGGGAAUUCCGACACGAAUUUUCAAAAGGGUCUUACCUAGCGGGGAAAAGGUCAGGAUAUCCAAAAAGAGCGGCGCAAUUAUUCCGAAACCAGACAUUCUGAAAAUGAGGAAAAAACCGAUUAGCUCGGUUGUAACAGAAAGCUGCACCUCCGAAGACCAUGCUUGGGAAACCACAUAUGUAGAUAAUCGGGUGAGGUAAUUUUUCAAGAAACGGAGAGCCUAAUACAUAAUAAUACUCUUCUUCUUAAUUUUCCAUAAAUUUAUGAUAACGAA